AUGACCUUGGCCGAGCUGGCGCCUUGGGGCGCCGAGUUCGCGGCGUCUCGAGCGGCCGUCUGCUGCGACGAGCGCGAGCUGCAGAAGCGGGAUGCGGUCCAGAUCGGGCUGGAUGGCGAGACAGCAGAGUUCUUGCCGUAUGAUGAACAGGGCCUGAGCGUUUUCCACAGCGCCGACCCUUCCAAGACGGGCCAUCAAGAUCGGUUUGUGAUCAAGGAGCUCAACACCACGCUCUGCGGCAUCACCCCGCCUCAGCUAGAGCUCCUGCGCGUACAUCUAGCGGCCGGCGUAACCGCCUAUGCUGCAGGCUGCGGCAGCGUAUGGGACCCCUGGUGCAAGGUGGUUGCUGCGCCGCCGGAGCACAGGGUGUGCCGCUUCAACCCGGAGGUGUCGGCCUCAAUGGUGGUGGCCUCAAGGCGACUGGAGCCAUUCAUCCUGCUGGCGCCCUACGCCGGCCGCGUGAUCAGCGACAGGAAAGCAGACGCGCUGUUUCGCCGCGCGCCUGAGCAGUUCGAGUACAUGCUGGAGCUGGUGAUGUCCGUGCCAGGCGGGCGCACGCGCACGAGCACCGUGCAGUGCACUCUUGACGCGGCCCAGGGGGCCAACGUCACCGCAGAGCUCAACGAUGGCCGGGACUACGACGCCAACCCUGAUGACGGGCUGCCGGGGAUCCCUUCCAAUGUCGCGGGAAUCACCGUGGCCGACCACGUCACCGAGCGCGUGUACGUUUUCCUCCUUACCACGGCGGCCGUGGAGGCUGGCGACGAGCUGAUUUUUGACUACGGGGAGCGCUACUGGAAGGCCAUGAGCGCGAGGAUGCAGGAAAAGAGGGCGAUGGAGCAGGAGAUCACCAAACGGGCCAAAGCGUUAGCCGAGGCCAAGACGCAGGAGACGAUGAUUGAGAACGCCCAGCUGAAAGCGCAGCAGAAGCAGCUCGAGCAGCAGCUCCAUGAGCUCCAUCUCCAUCUCCAGCAGCAGCAGCAGCAGCAGCAGCAGCAGCAGCAGCAGCAGCAGCAGCAGCUCCAGCAGCAGCGGCAUCGUGAGACAGAGCAACAGCUGGCGAUGGAGCAGCAGCGGUGCGCGGACCUGCAGGUGCGGCUGGACAGGGCGGCCGCGGCAGCCGCAGCUCUCAUGGAGUCGCUCGUGCCGUCAGCAGCGCAUGAGGCGGGGAUGCCAGGCGGGCGGGUCACAGCAGACAGCGCCAUGCGCAAGAAGCGAGCAGCCGCGGCAGUGGUGAGGCUGCCCCCUGGUACGCUGCAGCAGGAGCCUGCCAGCACCACCGCAAGGGCGGCACAUGCGGGCCCCGGUGCUGCGGCGGCGCGCAAGCGGCCGCGUGGGGAGCCGGAGGAUGUUGGCGAUGAGUCAGAGGACGGCACUGCGGCGGAUGCUUGA